GAAGGAACUGAGGACGGAGGUUUGACUGAGAGACAGACGGUUUGUGACUCUGCAGUCUGAACCAGGAUCAGUCAGUUCAAACAGUUUAAAGUGUCUCAGGUGGAUUUCAGAGGCUUGUAGUGUCUCUGUCAGACCAGGUGUUUGUCUCCUUCAGACCAGGUGUGUCUCUGGGUGUCGUCAUGCCGUGGCUGCUGUCCUCUCAGCUGGAGCGUCUGUCUGCGUCUCCGUCACAGCGUCAGUGUGAGCGGACGUCGUUCGCCUUCUACUGCUCUGUGCGCGAGCAGCUGCCGGUCUGGAUGCUGGAGGACAUGCGCAGUAUGGAGGUCUUCUGCUGGGAGGACGGACGCCCGCGAGCCUUCCUGCCAUCUGAGGCGCUGCUGUACGCGCUCGUACACAACCACCAGGACUAUGCACGCUACCUGCUCAACAGAUACUCAGUGAGCGCGCUCAGAGCGCUACGCUGCAGCUUCUGUUGCCACAGUAGCGGCUCGCCACACCUCACCGUAGCGGUGCGCUACGACCGUGUGUCGAUUCUCAGCAUGAUGGUGGAGGCUCUGAAGGACUGCGACACGCAGAGCAAGCGGCAGGACUACCUAGACGGCUGCGGCGGCUGCUCGCACGUGGCAGACGCAGGAAAGACAGCGGUGCAGCUGGCGGUGGAGCUGUCGCGGCCCGACUGUCUGCUGCUGCUGCUGGUUCACGGCGCCCAGGCCGAUGGCCUCGACGCAGCUCUGCAGCGACUUGUCUCCUCUAACACGACAGAGCGUCGUCACGCGCAGCGCUGCCUCGACUUCCUGCUGCUCUUCCUGCCCAAACUGCCGGACCUGUCACACCACCUGCAGGAUGAACGACAGCGCUGGCAAAGCCUGCUGGGAAAUGAAGUGUUCAGUUGGCUGUGCGGUCUGGCCCCGCCUCCCCUCUUGCUGCAGGCACUCAGGUGUUUGGCCAGGUCCAGCCCUGAUCACAUCACCGCGCUGCCCUAUUUCCUGCAGCUGCACAGCUGGCAGUGACAUCAUCUGUCACCAUGGCACCGCACUCUGUAAAAACCUCAGGACUGCUGUGAUUGGAUGGUUUGUUGUUGAUGUAAAUAGAAUGUAAAUAAAGACUAAAAACAGACCCGAUCACUGAUCAGCGAUGAAUACUGCUGAGUCAGUGAUCAGCUGAACAGUCUGUCGGGUAAAAACCUUGUAUCUCCAGAAGGUCAACAGAUUAAAGUUCAUUUGAUUUGGAA